GUUAUCCACCUGGAUGCACUUUUGUUUAUUUUAGAAAUAUUUUUAUUGAGAGAAACAAAAGAAAAGAUCAGACUUGUUUGAUAAAGGCUGCUGUCACCAUGUCAGCAGACACGACAGAAGAGACUCCUCUGCUGAAGAGAAGACUCACAGCGUCUGAAUCCAAGAUCCAUAACUCCAAGCUGUUCCUGGCAGUUUUCUCUGCAGUCCUGGGGAACUUCAGCUUCGGCUACUCGAUGGUCUUCUCGUCCCCGGUCCUGCCGGAGCUCACGAGUCCUGAUGCCGACCCUGGACUCCGGAUGGGCACGGAGCAGGCCGCCUGGUUCGGCUCCAUCUACACACUGGGCGCAGCGGCCGGCGGGCUGGGGGCCAUGCUGCUCAACGACAUGAUAGGACGGAAGCUGAGCAUCAUGAUGUCUGCAGUGCCAUCGACUAUUGGAUACCUUCUGAUGGGGGGGGCAGUGAAUACAUGGAUGCUCCAUGUGGGUCGUUUCUUGACUGGAGUCGCAGGUGGGAUGACUGCAGCCUCCAUUCCUGUUUACAUCUCGGAGAUCUCCCAUCGAGGAGUGAGAGGAGCUCUGGGCUCCUGCCCUCAGAUCACCGCUGUGUUCGGUACCCUGUCCCUCUACGCUCUGAGUCUGGUGGUACCGUGGCGGUGGCUAGCUAUAGCGGGGGAGCUGCCGCCUGUGCUGAUGGUGGUGAUGCUGGUGUUCAUGCCCUCCUCACCCAGGAGGCUGCUCUCCAUGGGCCAAGAGGAGAAGGCCAAGAAAGUGCUCCUGUGGCUGAGGGGAAGUCGCUACGACACGCACAUCGAGCUCAGAGCCAUUCAGCACAGCAUCAGCAUGCAGAGCAAGGUCACAUGGUCCCAGCUUGGCACGCCCGUCUUCUACAAGCCAAUCCUCAUCUCGGUGGUGAUGCGUUUCCUGCAGCAGAUGACGGGCAUCACGCCCAUUCUGGUCUACCUGCAGCCCAUCUUCGCCAAGAGCAAUGUGUCCCUGGAGCCCAAGUAUGAUGCUGCCAUUGUGGGCGUCGUCCGCCUCUUCUCUGUUGCCGUGGCAGCCUGUUUGAUGGACAGGGCGGGACGCAAAGCCCUGCUUUACACGUCUAGCAUGCUGAUGUUCCUCGCUAGUCUGACCCUGACCAUGUUCUCCCACACCACACCCUGCCCCCCCGGCCCCUCUCCUCCAAACCACACUUUGAGUUCGGACUACGGCCUCGCCAGUGACAUCGGACACACUUUAGCUGCCGGUCACCAAGGCCCAGCAAGCGUCCUUCCUCUCAUCGCCACCAUGGUGUUUAUAUUUGGAUAUGCCAUGGGAUGGGGCCCAAUCACGUGGCUGCUGAUGUCAGAGGUGCUGCCGCUGGUUGCCAGGGGCGUGGCAUCAGGUCUUUGUGUCGCCGUCAGCUGGUUGACGGCCUUCGUGCUCACACACGCCUUCACACACCUGGUGGACGCGUACGGCCUAUACGUGCCCUACCUGGGCUUCACCGUGGUGUGUGUCGUCUGCCUGCUGUUCAACGCCGUGUGCAUCCCAGAGACUCGCAGCCGCUCACUGGAGGAAAUCGAGAACUACUUCAGGACAGGCCGCACGUUCACCAUCAGGCGGAGUACAUCCACGAUACAGUCCACCUGAAGCUCACACUGUCAGGAAGUAUUUUCAAAAUUAAAAUCAAUAUUAAGAGUCUAAGUAUAGAGGGUGUAUAAUCCACAGGGUCUGAAACUCGAUGAGAGAAGGAGCACUUCUGGAAUAAGGACUGCACAGGCAGCUGUUCUCGGUCAAAGGUCAAUGAGGCCGAGUUCAGCAGAAUUAAACACUUGGUCUACAAGCAGUCACUGUUUUUACAAUAAUCAUCUUACAAUAAUAUUAGAUGUGCAAAUUUGUGUUUUCUCACACUCCCAUAAGUACUGUAACACAAUAUUAGAUAUACACACUAGUUGUUUUUAAUCAGCCAACACACUUUGGGUUGAUUUAACCACUAAUGUGUGGACUGCGUGAAAACAGGGCAGCGACACUUGUGCCUCAAAGUACAGAGCAGCCAACACAGAAAUAAAACUAAUGUGGCUACAAAACAAUAUGUUGGGAUCAGUGGUGGAGGAAGUACUCACACAUAUUACUCAAGUAAAAGUACAAAUACAGACUACUUGCCUUUAAAUAUACCUAAAAAGUAAAAGUACUUGUCGAGUGUAGACGAUUCCCUGAUGCGAUGGUCUACUAUAUCAGCCACUGAGCCCACUGAAUAUCUUGACUUUCUGUAUUGGUUUCUUCCAAAUAAAGCAGAGUCUAAAUCUAAUUAAUUGCUUUGCAAACUACAAAAAAGCCAUUUAACGCAAUGCAGCAUCGUGAAUAUGUAGUCGGGUAGAAAGUAUAGGUAUUUGCUGAUAUAUGUAGUGUAAAAGUAAAAGGUUCCUGAGAGUAAGUCUACUUUAGUGAAAUACAAACAUGAAAAUGAAAGUUUAUGUUUUGUUACAUUCCACCACUGAUAGCAACAGAAACAGCUCUGAGUCUCCCUUCCUGUUCCGUUGUGAGAGAUUGUGGUGAAAACACAAUAAGUCUGCUUAUAAAAAUAAUACUCUUCUUUUCAACAAGCCAUCAUUUCUACAGUAGUAAACCAUGUGUUCUCCCCUCACUAGUAUGUGAAAUGUAUUCAGUAUUAAUACGCACUGUGUUCAACAAGGGGUUUAAAAGUGAAAAUGUGCAACACUGUACCAGCAGAACAGACUUUUGUGUUCACAAAGUUCUGUUUGAAUCUGUUCG